AAAUUAUCGCAUAACAAUAAUAAAUCUUGCUGGGUCCAAAGACGCGAAGUUUGCACGCCAAAUGUAGGCUCAAGUUUACGUUUGUAGGAUUUUUCUGGAGUACAUUUUCGACUUUUUAAGCGCAGUGGAGCUACAGAGCCUGCAAGGAGUGUUUCAGUCGGCUGUUGGUACCUCCUGUGUCCUGUUUGAGUCUGUUGCUACAAGUAGAUUUUCUUAACUCGCUGAAGUUUAGAAAUCAAGUUGUCGAGGCAUCCAAACAACAAAGAUGGAUGAAUUAAGCAACUAUGAAAGAGGAAGCGCUUCGACUAUCGGGAUGGCUCCCAAUUAUUACAACUCACAUCAAUCGGGCAAGCUCGGGAAAUCCCGACAGUGGCUCGUAAAUCUGCUCAUCAUCGGUAUUCCGAUCUUACUAUGUGCCAUACUGGUCAUCAUCUUGAUGUUUGUUCCUGACAUGAAAGCCCCCGAACCGCCGAAUACACAGUGCCUACCCUCCGCGGAGUCGGACAGCUCUAAAUUGACGGCGACUCUGAAGAAAAUCCAAACCGAAUUUUAUAACCGCUUGUACCCGGAGAAAAUUUACUCGAAGCCUGGAGUCACGCCCGAAGAGAUACGAUCGGUUUACCGACCAUGGGAUCCGAGUCCAAACACGAUCAAGUUUAAAACCGACGAGGCGGCAAAACUGCUAAAGGAGCUGAAGGAUCUGAAGAUCAACACGACGCUACUGAAGAUAAGAGAGAGGAAAGCAGUCCAUGUCGCUAAAGCCAUUUUGCUGAAUAAUUUUGGUUGGGCGCCUUACGGACAAAACUAUUAUGGCGGGGACUGGAUGUUCGGACCUGACUUUUUUUGCUGGCAACCAAUUUGUACGGUGCUCCUUGAUUUCGGCGCAGUGAUUGAAACCUUCAAACCGCACAAUACCACUGAAUUGAAAAAGCUGGACCAACUCUUUAACCAGGUUAAUCACACGUUUGAGCGGUACAUCGCGAAUUUAGAACUUGGCGUGCUUACUGGCUAUGUAAGACCCAAAAAGGCUUGUGUUGGUGGUCUUCACAACUUUCAUUACGUUGCCUACCGUAAUAUAGCCCUGGAAAACGAAACAGGCGUUUACAAAGAAGCGUUCUCCAACGUCAUUCUAAAAGAGGACUUUUUUGAAGAGCUAUCCAAGGAAGACAAGGAAGAUUGGAAAGACAAGCACGGAGAGGAUGUCAUGAGCUACUUUAAUCAGUCUCUCAUUACAAAAAUUGGACGUCCCGCUUUGAAAAUGCUAAGGUAUGUCGAGGGAGAACACUUACAACAAUGCGCCCCAGAAACAGUGGCCAGCGGUCUUCAAAAACUACCUCUAAGCUAUGGCUACAAGGAUGAAUUAGCUGACACGAGCAUAGUGACAACAAAGGAGCUUCCAACCGGAGAACAGCUGGAAGGAAAGAACACGUACAAGUCACUCAUGAGGUUUUUCACAACAUUUGAUAUUACGCCAGAGGUUUUGAGGGAGAAGGCUCAAAAACGUUUGGACGAACUUCUUCCACAGGCUGUGCAACUUGCUAAAGAUUACACUGGCUUCAAAAACAAUGUAUCCGCCAUUGACGAAUUCUCAAUAGAGUUUCAGGCCCAGGACAAGUAUUUUAAUGACAAGUCAUUCCCUGCAAACGAGUCUGGCGAUGAAGCAUUCAUCAAAUGUAACGACAUCAAAAGUGCUGAGGCUUAUUGCCCAAAACGAUAUAAAGCUAUGAAGGCGUGGAUCGACAACACCGAGAAGAAUGUGGAAUUAAUCGACACAUAUUUUGGGAAAUUGUUCCACGAAAGUGGUCCAAAGAACUGCGUUCCAGAUUGCCCGGCGGAAAUUGUUCCAUGGUUCCAUCCACAUGCCGUAUUUCACGCUUAUUUCAUUGGUUCGAAAGAUUGCUCGAUAAAGGCGAAACAAGGACUUCCAUUCUUCACUGAAAACUACGGACCGAAAUGGACUGAAUAUACAACAGUGGUUCAUGAGAUUGCAGGGCAUCACAUCGAGGUUCAGAGUUUCACGGAGUAUUUUCAAGGCGACUGUACUGAUCCAAUUGCUUGGUUGAACGCUCCUAACUACUUCACGGCAAUAACAGAGGGCUGGGCAUCAUACGCUGAAUACCAGCUAUAUCCAAUGGAUACGGAACUUUACACUACGGACAAAUCAGAUGAUAAAGAGAAUAGGGAAAAAUUACGACAGAAGUAUGGCAUGCUAUACUAUCAGAUUCUACACGCCCUAAGGGCUGCGGUAGAUAUUGAUUUACAUUACUAUGGGAAAGACGUGAGCCUUAUUCUGGAGAUGUACCGCAAGUAUGUCUGGGAAGACAACAACCAUCAAGUCAAGAAAGACAUUUACCGAAUUCAGAGCACCCCGGCAUUUGUAACAAGCUACAUGAUUGGUCAGUUAGAAAUUGAACGCGUCAGGGAAAUGGCCGAGAAAGAGCUGGGUGACGACUUCUCACUGAAAGAUUUCCAUUACGAGAUUCUGCGCGAAGGGGAGUUUCCGCUGGACUACUUAGAAGAACACAUUAAGGCGUAUAUUGCAUGCAAAAAAAAUCCCUCUAGCAUAGGCUGUGAGGAAAUCGUGUAAUCUUCAUUCAGUGAACACUAGUGAUUCUCAAGGUACUAAUGUGCGUCGUCAGGCGAGCAAGUGAAACACUUGGUUAAAAAAAGGCGAUUUACAUAAUGGCGUCAUUUGACUACAACUAUCACAACCCUUCACUUUCUGUUUUUUUAUGCUAAU